AUGGCGAGCCGGAGAGUGGGCUUCUGUCUGAGUGUGAAGAAACGGCGGAGGAUGAACCUGAGCGUGUUCGCUCACCUGUGCGCAGGCAGAGGGAUUGAGGUGGUUGAGAUAGACCUAAGUCAGCCAAUGGAGUCUCAGGGCCCAUUCGACAUCAUCAUACACAAACUCUCUGAUGUGAUUGUAGAGGCAGAACAUGACAGCCAAUCACGUCAGCUUCUCGACAACUUCCAGACUUACGUGUACACACACCCUCACACUGUCCUACUGGAUCCAUUGCCGGCCAUGAGACAGUUACUGGACCGCUUUGCCUCAUGCCGCAUCAUCAGCAAACUCCAAAACACACUGCAAGGAAAGAGUAUUUGCUGCCCACCGUAUUUAGAAAUGAACACCACCGACAUGUCUGCCAUCCAGGAAGCAGUGGACCGGAAACAGCUCACUUACCCUUUAAUCUGUAAAACCAGGGUGGCCCAUGGAUCCCGCUCACAUGAGAUGUCUUUAAUCUUCAAUCAGGCUGGUCUGAGAGAUGCUCGUCCUCCAUGUGUCCUCCAGAGUUUUGUGAAUCACGGUGCCGUGCUGUACAAAGUGUUUGUUGUGGGUGAGCAGCACUUCACAGUGGAGCGACCGUCGCUCAAGAACUUCCCCACUGGACCCUACGACAGGAAAACAAUCUUCUUUAACAGCCACGAGGUGUCAAAACCUGAGUCCUGUUCCCAUCUAACUGCACUGGAUGAGACAAUGCCUCGAGUACCUGCCCCAAGUGAUGACGCAAUGGUUGCCAUGGUGAAGGAGCUGAGGGCAGAGCUCGGAAUGGGUUUGUUUGGCGUGGACGUCAUUAUGAACAUCGAUACACACACACUCACCAUCAUCGACAUCAACAUAUUCCCUGGCUAUGAGGGCGUUCCUCAGUUCUUCUCUUCUCUCCUCAAUCACAUCGAACAGCUACUGGACACAUCACACGAUACCACACACUGA